UGCCCUCUCUGACCGAAAAAUGGCGGCUUCCUUUGCACGAGAAUAUUAAAAGCUAUGAAGGUGUAUUUCCCUCUUCGUUGCCUAAAAGUAAAGAGUGGCUUCAUCUUCGGGUGGAAGAGUAAACAAACAAGUACAUUUGUCGCUGCCACAGUCAUCCAUCCACGCGAAAUCUUUGACAGUUUUUGUGAACGAGUUUUCGACGAAUGUGCGUUGUCCCUUGUGGGAGUUUGGCUAAAUGAAAACGAUGAGAAAUCUGUCGGUCAAGUAUUUACAGUGUUAAAAACCCUGUCUAGGUCGUUAACUGACAGACUGUUCAUUCUACGUUUGGUAAGGUUCACCGACACUUUUCAUUUGUACCAUGUCGGAAACUCGUUGAUAGCGAAUGGAUCUGUGGUAAUAUUUUAGAAACAACCUACUGGAAAUGCAUUUUUGACCACCGUACCAACAGUUCCAGAUGGCAUUAAAUUUUGGAAGAAGUCAGAAGCGUUGCUGCAGCAAACAUGUCCCACAGAGUUAUCUAACGUUGUUGAACUUCUGAAUAGCUCCCACAAAGCCGAAGAGAGCAUUUAUAAAUUGUUUGAAACUCAAACAGAAACUCAUGAAAAACCAAUGGGCAGGAGUUGGAGGUGUUUGUCCAACUUGGGCAUGAAAGGUGUUCGAAUGUUGUAUGCCUUGUUUUAUCAAAGGCAGCAGGAACAACACCCAGUCCUGGUAGAUGUAAUCAAAUUAUUUUCAGGAUUAUCUGCUGUGUUUCUACAGCUGUAUACACGUGUCAGGCAAGUGAAAGCUCUGGUAAUGUGUUUAGGUAAGGCUGCAGUCCUAAAGGACAAACCAGAUUAUGAUGGUCACUCAACAGAGUCAAGUAAUUCACCCAUUAAGACUGAUGCAAGUUCAAAAAGUAAUGUCUUCCCAUUGGUCUUUUUUGGCAGUUUACUCUGUGCAAUUGUGAUUGAUGUUGUAUUGGGACUGUUCAUUGUGUCAUGGCUCUUUUCCAGUGGUUAUAACACAUGCUCUACUGACUUAAUGAUGGAAAAGACUGAAGCUGUUGUUCAGUGGAUUAGCUCUCUACUAGACUGGCUUCAAGGAGCUCCUGCUGGGCUUAAGAUAAACCAAAAGCUAGCAGAAUACUUGAGCAUUUUCUUUCUUUAUCACCUGUAUCUAUGGCAGAUUUACCUGAGCUAUAUUGAACCAUAUCUUCAGAUUAUCAUCAGUUUUAUCAUUAUGUCAGGUUGUUUUGGAGCAACAUUCUUGUUGUCUUUGGCAUCAGAUGUCAUUUCAUUGAUAACACUCCAUAUCUACUGCUUUUAUGUGUAUGCUGCAAGGCUGUAUAACUUCCAGCUACAGAAGUUGUUGCUUAUGGCCAAACUAUUUACAGGUAGAAAAUGGAAUGUUGAAAAGAAUCAAGAGGACAUUGUUCCAUACAGGGUGGACAGACUGUUUUUAGGGACUCUGUGUUUAACUAUUCUCCUCUUUCUUUUGCCGACAACAGCCAUGUACUAUGUUGUGUUUACAACCUUGCGACUGAUUGUUUUGUUUGUGAAGGGGGUUGUCAGUAGAGUUAUCAAUAUGAUGAAUAACCUACCAGUGUUUGCAUUGAUCACUGCUUUCUUCAGACCAGACCUGAUACCAGGAGGCAUCAAGUUUGAAUAUGUUAACUCACUGGCUUCUCCAGAAGCAGAACUCAACACACUACAGGAUUUUCCCCUUGACAUAACAGGUCCUUUGCCAACUGUUUUCCUCAUUCUUCACAAUCAACCACUUCCUAUCACGAAGCUGUUUACUCAGCAGUUGCUUGACAAGUACCCUGAUCAAGAUGAAUACAAACAAGAUUGGCUGCCUUUAGUCAAGAAAUUGGCAAAGGGAGAGCUGAUUUAUCCAUGGGUGAAAUCAAGAACUUUCAAGAAAGAAGCAACUCAGUGAUUGAACCUGAAAGCAUUGUGGGAGAGACCUGCCUCUGAAUUUGUAGAACGAAGGAGAGACAUCUGUACUGGAUGCCCCAUGCGGGCACCAUUCUGACUGAGAUGCUACUUCAUUCAGACUUACACACACUGUAAUAGUGUUUGAUUACUGACUUAGGAUAGUUGUAGCCAAUUUGCCCUUUCACCCCAUGCAUGACCAAUUUGUGAUUUUUCCCAUUGUUAUCAAGAAAAAGUAUUGUCAAGCAGAUUGUUGAUGAAAACAAAGAAAUGUAUAACCUGGCACAUAACAUUUUGAUCUAAAACCAACAUUUGAAGAGAUGUAUGGUGACCAGGAUGGACAGUUUUAAUUAAAAUCUUGCAAGGUUAAGGGGCAGGAAAUUCUGCAUGUUGUUUGGAAUGUCAGUAUCUGUGCUGGUUUGUGGACAUAAAAUUCAAGGAGAAUUUAACGAGUAUUCAACCUCCAAAACCUGAGUUUUCAAGAGAAUUCAGAGCAAGUUUACAUCCGAUUCACAUCUGAUGUGAUUGAGCUGUGGCUCAAUUAGAUGUUUUUGUUCAAUGGUCAGGCAAUCAAAGAAAAGUGCUGUAAUAAUUUGACAAGGUAAUCUUCUUAUACUGAGUGGAUUUUAAAUGAUCCCUACUGUGAACUCGUUUAUCUUUUCACUGCCUUCUGAAAAAAGCUUCCACUAAAUCUGAAGGCAGCACAAAAAUAUGGCCUGUCAAGGAGACAUUUUCAGGACUGAUCAUUUUAAAAAGAGAUUUAUUUGUUACAUUAAUAAUGGUAACUGAACUGAGUGGAAUGCAAUUUGGGCUGAAAUC